UGUAUCCAUUUGGGGACAGAUCUGGGGGUCCCCACAUCCCCAUAUGGGGGUCUUCCAUCCCCUGUAUCCAUUUGGGGACAAAUCUGGGGAUGCCCACGUCCCCAUGUGGGGGUCUUCCAUCCCCUCUAUCCACUUGAGGACAGACCUGGGUGUCCCCCCCUCCCCAUAUCUGGAUCCUUUAUACCCCAUAUCCCUGAUACGCCCUGACCCUCUUCAUUUCCCCCCCUCCCCCCCCCCAAAUUCCAGGCCCCCGUUUCUCCUCCUGCGCCGUCUGGCUGGAGCCCCCCGUGCUGCUGGUUCCUUUCAACGGCUCCCUCAGCAUCAACUGCAGCACUUCCUGCGGUGACCCCCAGGACCAGGGGGGGGUGGAGACGUCGGCGCGCUACAGCCGGCGCCCGCUGAGCGCCACGCUGAUGGAGGUGACGCUCAGCCACGUCACCGAGUGGAGGAGCAGCUUCAAGUGCUUCUUCCACUGCCGCGGGGUCAGGGAGUGGAAGGCGGCCGAGCUCAUCGCCUACGGCCUAUUGAAAGAGCCGGAGCUGUCACCAAUCCCCCCCCUGCAGUCCGGCAGUGCUCACAACCUGACCUGCCGCGUCCGCGAGGUGUUUCCAAUCCGCAACCUGUCGGUGUUCCUCCUCCGUGGUGACCACCCUCUGCACACAGCCACUUUCUGGGGACGCUCCCAGGAACAGCCGGAGGACGUGGUGGUGACACACGUGGUGACGGUGCGGCGGGAGGACCGGGGGCAGAGCAUCAGCUGCCAUGCACAGCUCGACCUGCGGCCAUACGGCAGCCUGUUCCACACCAUCUCCGCAUCACAGCUGCUGGACGUCUAUGGUGAGCUGCCAGCGUGGUCACCGGCGUCACCGGCGUCACCCUGUUGUCCCCGCGGUCUGCCUGUUGUCACCCCCCCAUUGCCACCCUGCUGUCCCCACAGUCUGCCUGUUGUCACUCCCCACUGUCACCCUGUUGCCCCCAUA